CUUAUGUAUAUACACUAGCCUGGACAUUGUUCAGUGGACGGUCAAAAGCGUCGGAGCUACGCGUACUACUUAUAAAGUGAAUCGUUCAUCGAAUCGAAAAUGAAUCGGAGCAACAGCACAAAGCGCAUCAGCAUGUCUGCGUUGAGCGAUACUGUACUGAUCGAAGACGAGGACGAGGAGGCGGAUAAUAAGCGUAAACGCUUCCUGGGGAUCCUUUACGUGCCGCCGAAGCUCGAAGUGGUAUGCUCCAAGUGCUGUUGUCUGAGCGUCACUGCUGUUAUUACUAUUUGCAUCUUCAUUUCUACGAUAGCGUUUCUCGUCGUUCACAAACCACAUGAAUUUACCGUCAGUUGUACGAACACAGCAAAGUUGGAAUCAUCGACUCCUGCCAAUUAUUUACAAGUGAUUCUCGUGGCUGGUGCAGAUGGCUUCGAUUAUCUGGAUUCGAACGACAAGACUUUAUACGGUCUUCCAAGCACCAAAAAAUCCACGCAUCUGUUCGAUGUUUAUACAGAGGAUACGAUAUACUGGGUUGACGAGAGCACGUGGACGAUUAGAUCUUAUCCCAAAGAACAUUCGAGGAUAAGGUAUCCGAAAAGCUGGAACAUCACAUCCAUAGCCGCGGACUUCGUGAACGAGAAAUUGUAUUUGAUAGAAAGCGUAUCGAAGACGCUGAAGGUCAUUGACGUACAUACGAAGUUUUAUCGAACUCUCUCGACGGAUUACGAAAACUCGACUGAUUUAGCAGUUGAUCCGAUGAGCGGAUUCUUAUUCGUCGUGAAACGUUCCAAGGGUAUAUUCAGAAUCGCCAUGGACGGGUCGGUGAUGGUACGAAUCGUAUUCGGCAAUAACAUUUCAGCAAUAACCAUAGACCAUAAAGCUAAACUAAUCUACUACGCGACUGACUACGUUCACAUCGCUAGCUCAAAUUACGAUGGAGAUCCUUACAAACUAUUGACCAAGGUGUCAAUGAACAUUUCGAGCAUAGCAUUGCUCGGCGACACAAUGUUCUGGGCGAGCAAUACAUUUUUACACUUCUGUAAAGUAAAGAAUGGAAACUGCUAUAAGGAUAAAAUAAGUGAAAUUUCUUUGAAUUAUCCUUCCCAUACUAUUCGCACUGGUUCUCACCGCCCUAGUAUGAGCAAUCCCUGCGAAAGCGAAGGGGCGGGUGCGUGCAACGAAAUGUGUUUGCUAACUUCAAAUCAAACAACUUCAACCGUUGACUACGUAUGCUCGUGCAGAGAUGGCUGGCAGCUGGGUAUAGAUGCCAAAUCAGGCAAGUUAACUGGCAGUUGCACAAAGAUAGAACAACCAGCUUCGGUUAAUUAUUCCCAGGUGAUUCUUAUGGCCGGUACCAGUGGCUUUGGUUAUCUGGAUCUGGACGAGAAAAAUUCACGCAAUCUCCCAAGCACCAAUAAGACCGUAAAUAUAUUCGAUGUUUAUACAGAGGAUACGAUAUACUGGGUGGACAAAAGCACUUGGACGAUUAGAUCUUUUCCGAUAGAACAUUCGAAAAUAAGGUAUCCCAAAGAGUGGAAGAUCACAUCCAUAGCCGCGGAUUUCGUGAACGAGAAAUUGUACCUGAUAGAAAGCGUAUCAAAGUCGUUAAAGGUCAUUGACGUACAUACGAAGUUUUAUCGAACCCUCUCGACGGAUUUCGAAAACUCGACUGAUUUAGCAGUUGAUCCGAUGAGCGGAUUCUUAUUCGGCGUGAAACGUUCGAGCGGCAUAUUGAGAAUCGCCAUGGACGGGUCUAUGAAAAUACUCAUCCUAGCAGGCCAGGAUAUUUCGGCAAUCACGAUAGAUCGCGAAGCCAAAAUCAUUUACUACGCGACUGACUACGCGAGCAUCGCCAGUAAGAACUAUGACGGUGGAAAUUACAAACUUAUGACUAAUGUCUCAAUAAAAAUUUUGAGCAUAGCAUUGCUCGACGACACAAUUUUCUGGUCGACCAAUGAAUCCCUAUAUUUCUGUAAGUUAAUCAAUGGAAGCUGCGAUAAGGAUAACUUAAAUGAAAUUUCCUCGAAUAAUAUCAAAGUCAUUCGAACGGGUUCCCAUCGUAUCAGCAUAAGCAAUCCUUGCGAAAAGGACGAGGCGGAUGGGUGUGAGGGAUUGUGUUUGCUAACCCAAAACCAAACGACGGCAACCGUUGACUACGCAUGCUCGUGCAGAGAUGGCUGGCAGCUGGGCGUGGAUGCCAAGUCGUGUGAACACUUACCAAAAGAUGUCGAGUUGCCGAAUCUGGAACAAGUGAUUACACUAACCAAUAACAAUGGUAGCAUGUGGUUUAUGAAUCCCGACGAUAUAAGCUUCAGCAAGCCACUUCAUCUACCUGGAAAUAAGGAAACAGCUGAACUCGUUUCUGACUUUUAUCACGAUAAUAUUUUUUGGUGUGAUUCUCAUACAUCCACAAUCAAAUCACUGUCUUCGAAGUAUAAAGAUAUACGUUAUCGGGCUAGAUGGAAACCAGUAGCUCUGAGAAUAGACUAUAUUACCGAAAACAUCUACAUCUUGGACAUAAAGACGGAAACAAUAAAUUGCAUGGAUAAAGAAGGCGGAUAUUAUGAAACAAUCCUGUCAGACAUCCAAAGCCCGAGUGAUUUUGCAUUGGAUCCUGAACGUGGUCUCAUCAUUGUUCUCUCCAACAAAUCGAUUUCAAGGGCAACCAUGUCAGGCAGAUCAUUGACGACCAUCGUAGAAAUUGCUGAUAGCAUCACGUCUUUUACUAUUGAUCGGGAAAGUCAGAGGAUUUAUUAUGCCGUGCAUUCUAAAAAAAUAGAAAGUAUCAAUUACUAUGGUACUCAAAGUCGGGCUCUUCAGACGAUUUCAAGCAAAGUCGACGGUUUAACGAUAUUCGGCGGUAGACUAUUUUGGUUUGAUGCAUCUAGUCUUUCGAUUUGUAAAAUCAACAACGGCUAUUGUGGCCCAAGGUCUUAUUAUUCACACGCAAAUGGUAUAAAGGCUAUGAGGUCUCUCGCAAGUCGCCGCAAUGUUACAAAUCCUUGUAAGAACAAAAACUGCCAACAGUUGUGUAUUUUAGACAAGAAUGAAUCAAGUCUGGAUGGAAUUUGUGCCUGUCAAACUGGUUGGGAAUUGCAAUCUGAUGGCAAAUUGUGCGCUCCAGUAACCGAAUUCAUGCUGUACACCAGAGGAAAUGUCAUCAGAGGCAGAAUUCUGAAUGAGAGCAAGACCAUCUUCACCGAAGCCAUUCCGCCGACUACGUUUGUGGCGCUCUCUUUGAAAUUCAAAGAUACCAUCGACUUCGACUACAAUUGGAUCACGCACGAAUUCAUCUUUAGCGACGACUUUAGCAUAUUCGCCAUCAACAUCAUGGACAACGAAGUUCCCUUGCCUCAGAGGUUAUUGACGACCGUCACCAAAGACUACCAGAUCAAGGACGUCGCUUACGACUGGAAGACAGGCAAUAUAUACUACGUUCAAAGGUCCGCAGACAACAGUACCGAUCACUCGCUCAUGGUUCUCCGUUUCGACAAGAGCGGCGAGUAUCAGAAGACAAUAAGUUCCUUCACCCACGAGUCCAGCUACCCCAUGAAAGCAUGUCCCCACUCUUUGGUCGUUCACUCUGAGCGAGGGUACCUCUUCUACACGGCUUGGAAUGGCGAGCGUAAAGACAUUCAGCGAACCGCGGCAGACGGCACCGGAUUGAAGGAAAUAGGAGAUGUGAGUUACCACAACAAGUAUCACAUAAUAGCCAUCGACUACGAGGAUGCCAAGCUGUACUGGAUCUCCGAUAGGUGGAAGACCUCCAAGAUUUGGUUCAGCGACAUGAACGGCAACAACGGCAAACAGAUCGAGGUGAAUCAGCCGCAGUAUCCAACCUCGAUCUACAUACACGGAAAGCACGUGUACAUCGGUAACUCGGUCAGUAUUUGGCGGUACGAUAAAGUCAACGGUAACAAAGGCGUCAAAAUGACUCCGAUGAUCGAGACAACUCAGGUCGUAGCCGGAGUGCGCAUUGUAGGCCAGUUCAUGCAGGCUUCGAGCGACGCACAUCCAUGCGUCAUCGGGAACGGCGGUUGCCAACAAUUUUGCUUCGCCGUGCCACAUAAGAAAUGCGAGUGCAAAGACGGCCAGCAUAUCUUCCAGGAGAGAUUUUGCAAGUACUGAUCGCGAUGUGAUAUGCUCAAAUGUGAUACGUUUACACUUUUUUUACGACUCAAUAAAUUGCUGUAGUAUAAGUCA